CCUCCUCUCUCUCCCCAAGUCGUUUUGAUCGAAGAGUUUCAUCAUCUACGCUGGAACAAGCCAAAAGACUAGCCUCUUUCUCAGGUUCCUCGCUUCUAAGAAGGCGAGGUCAAGAUGGUACUCCCAUCUCAUGGAGAUGGAAAUGGUGGUGCUUCACUUGAUUCUGGCCAUGCCCGUCUUCAUGAGCUCGGCUACAAACAAGAGCUCAAGCGUGAUCUAUCGGUCCUUUCAAAUUUUGCGUUUUCGUUUUCUAUCAUAUCAGUGCUCACUGGUAUCACAACUCUCUACAACAAUGGGCUGAACUAUGGUGGUCCUGUGUCUGUCGUGUAUGGUUGGUUUGUAGCUAGUGCUUUCACCAUGUUAGUUGGGUUGUCCAUGGCUGAAAUUUGCUCAUCUUACCCGACUUCGGGUGGGUUAUACUACUGGAGUGCCAAACUUGCUGGCCCGGGAUGGGCACCUUUUGCCUCCUGGAUUACCGGCUGGUUCAAUAUUGUUGGUCAGUGGGCUGUGACAACAAGUGUAGAUUAUUCACUGGCACAACUGAUUCAGGUUAUCAUUCUCCUUAGUACAGGAGGGAAAAAUGGCGGCGGAUAUGAGGCAUCCAAGUAUGUAGUUAUUGGUUUCCAUGGCGGGAUCUUGCUCCUUCAUGCUAUAAUAAACAGCCUUCCUAUCUCAUUAUUAUCAUUCUUUGGGCAGUUAGCUGCUAUCUGGAAUCUUUUAGGUGUCUUCUUGCUUAUGAUUCUCAUUCCAUCUGUUGCAACCGAAAGAGCGAGUGCCAAGUUUGUUUUCACUCAUUUCAAUACUGAUAAUGGAGAAGGAAUCAAGAGCAGAGGAUACAUAUUUCUUCUGGGACUUCUAAUGAGUCAGUACACUCUGACUGGAUAUGAUGCAUCUGCUCAUAUGACCGAGGAAACCAAGAAUGCUGAUAGAAAUGGACCAAGAGGAAUCAUCAGUGCUAUUGGGAUAUCUAUUAUUGUGGGAUGGGGUUAUAUACUUGGCAUUACCUUUGCUGUUACUGAUAUCCCUUACCUUUUGAGUGAAAAAAACGAUGCUGGCGGGUAUGCCAUUGCUGAAAUAUUUUAUCUAGCAUUCAAGAGAAGGUAUGGCAGUGGAGUUGGGGGUAUUAUUUGCCUGGGUGUAGUUGCUGUUGCCAUAUUUUUCUGUGGUAUGAGUUCAGUUACUAGCAACUCAAGGAUGGCUUAUGCUUUCUCUAGAGAUGGAGCCAUGCCAUUUUCAUCAUUAUGGCAUAAAGUAAAUAAGCAGGAGGUCCCCAUAAAUGCUGUUUGGCUAUCUGCAUUUAUAUCAUUUUGCAUGGCAUUACCGUCUCUUGGAAGUAUUGUGGCAUUUGAUGCUAUGGUGUCCAUAGCGACGAUUGGCCUCUAUAUUGCCUAUGCUCUUCCAAUCUUCUUUAGGGUAACUUUGGCGCGGAAGUCUUUCAUCCCAGGGCCAUUCAACUUGGGUCGAUAUGGGGUCAUCGUUGGCUGGGUCGCGGUUCUUUGGGUGGUGACCAUCUCUGUCCUCUUCUCCAUGCCUGUUUCUUACCCAAUAACCAUUGAGACACUCAACUACACCCCAGUUGCUGUUGGAUGCUUGCUGGUUCUUGUAGUUUCUUACUGGAUACUCUGCGGUAGGCAUUGGUUUAAAGGCCCUAUAACCAAUAUAGACAAGUGAAGCUUUGUGGAUAUAAAGAGAUUUCUUUCAAAAUAAUAUUUGUUCAGUGUGAUAAUUUAUUAAAUCAUUUUUUUUCAUUUUACGUUUACACUAAAUACUUCAAAAUAGGCAAGUAUAGCAUUCUAAACAGGCAAAAUAGAUAUAUAGCUGCAAUGCCUAUCUGUAUUUCAGAUCAGAAAUUACAGCUGCUUUUAUUCUGAAAAUAUAUGGAACAGUUUGUAUGCUUAUCAUUUCAUAUGAAUGCUGGGAUGGAAUGGUGGCUGUGGAAACUAAAAUUGCAGGAAUUAGACUGAUGAUGGUAACAUAAUGUCUUUCGUUAGUGGCAUUUAGUGAUCACAGUGCAGUGGUGAUAUUUGAGAAUGUGGGUCUCAUUUCAAAGUCUGGGGUAAGUCUCGUUGUUGAUAAUUUAUAAAUACUACAAUUUUCUAUAAAUUUUAUAUGAUACUAA